CCGGAACCUCAUCAUGUUUCAGCUCCUUUGUCACGCUCUGAAGCAGCUUCGUUCUUGGAAGUUCUCUGUAACCCUCAGCCGACUCAUCAGCAAAUUUAUCUCCCUGUUGACCUUCCUGUCUCGACUCAAAGGGCCUCCGCAAGGGCCGCCAGCUGACCGUACAUGGAAACUAACUUCAGAGAUUCGUGUCGAUGGAGCUGCUAUGACGCUUCCCGACUCAUUACCAGGCCCUCUGAGUGUAAUAGACCGGAAUAGCCUAAACAUGCAACCUACUACUCCUCCGCUGCCUCUUACAGAGAUUUCCCAUUCAGGCCGCCAAUCUGGACAUGACGAUGAUUCUCGAUCGACCCAUGAUAGGCUCGGAAUUAGGUAUUCGUUGACUGGAAACCCCUACAAUACUCCGUCGCUACGCAGCGGGCGUUCUGCAACUGGAGGACACACGGGGGGCCUCAUAGCUGAACCUCCGUCCCGUGUUAACACUGAGAUAGAAGAACAAUACACGCUUAAACUCUCACCAAUAUCACCUUCUGAGCUGAAGCGGUACGACUCAUGGGAUGCCAGAGCUGAAUACGAAAACGCCAGUAACAUGGUACCUUCUCGUUGGGAACGAUAUCGCCGUCCAUUCGGUCUGGUUCCCGAUCCUUUGAUCCCCAGCUUGACAGCAUAUUUUCCUCAGCAUUUCCAAGCAAAUCCAGUUCCAGAUGGUUGGAAGAUGCUUCACCACCCUGAAGGAUCAAAUUUCUACUACCAUGAAUCACUUAGAACGUUUACAGAUGUAAACGUGUGCGAUGAUGAUAUUCAAGGAGACGUGGAAUUUUAUGCCAACCACUUCCGCAGCAAACUUGAACUGUUACUCCUCCACCAUAGCAAUCACCUUGAAGAGUAUCAGAUCGACGCCAUAAAGAACAAGUCGCUCUUGGUACUUGAGCCUCAGCUGAACUCAGCGGAAGAUGAUGUGGACAUCUGUUACUAUUUCGUCAACCCUGAAGGACAGAGUUUAUUCUGGAUACACGACGUUAACUCUCUCCUCUGGGGCCUUGAAGGUGUAAGAGAUAUGUCUCAUAAACGUUUAGGAAUAGCUGCGUACUACUGGAAGCAUUGCAUGAUGUAUCCUGUAGCCUGCGAGAUCAAUGACAACAUUCUGGACGACGCUAAGAGCACCAUGAUAUUUGCCAAAUGCAAUUAUACAUCCACGGAUACUAUAGGACAUCUCUUAAACGUCCAUGAUAUAGACACGUACUUAUCAGUAAUCGAUGAUAUCAAAGUAGGUGCAACGAGACAGGAAUCCCGUGCAGUAUGUGCCAUUGGUCGUAUUAUGCAUAAUAUCACAUACAAUCAAUUCAUGAACUUUCACGGAACAACCAAUGCGCGGCUCUAUGAUGAAGAUGUGUACGGAUGGAUCUUGGGCUGGGACUACUAUCCGUCAUUAUGGAUGGAGCUGGGAUCAUGGUUUUUGUUUCGAGCACCCAAGGCAUAUGUCAGCACUCUGCAUGACAUCUAUCUGAACAAGAUAGCGAAUAGGUACACAUGGAGAGAGUUUAUCACACGUCUGCACAUGCAGCUCCAAGACUUUAACCUUCUUGCCACGGUAUUGUUGGGUGCGAAUGUCGGCUUUCUUUCCAUCCAAAGCGUGGACAACGGGGACAAUGGCCAAAAGUCAUUCACCCAGAUUGCAAGCUACUGGUCGCUAACAACCAGCGUUGGAAGUAUUGUACUCGGCACAUUCCUAGUUCGCUUUCAUCAAAGUGAGGGUCAUAAGGAUGUCGGAGCUGUGGCCUCAUUUUUGAAGAAAAUGCACUCUCAUAAGCGGGGGCUUGAGCGUUUAGCCGUAGUUUACAGCUUGCCUUACGCGCUUCUCAUGUGGAGCCUCGUCUUCUUCUCUGUUGCGUUUAUUACCGAAGCGUAUCAAGCGGGUGACAGAUAUGAUAUUAUUUCCCUAGCAGUAGUUCUUGGGCUCACGUUCUGCCUUGUCGUUUACGGAACCACAUCCAUUCUCUACGGAUCACACAACAGGGGCAUCCUUAGCUUGCUUCUGCGUUAGUCGAACCAGUCCGUUGCU